AUGUACUCGGGGUUGUCUCCUCCUCAACCGCCCGAUCGUUUAUUGCUCGACCCUCUGCCAGAACUUCCCAUCGAACUCCUUCCAUUCCUGCUGCGGGCAUCUAGAGUUCUAGACUCUCAUCCGUUGUUCGCCCUUCGCCACAAUCCCUACCAGAACUUCUCCUCGACCUCCGCACCUCGCUCGGCAUCUACGCAGCCCGAAAAGCCACCUUCAGCACCACGCGCAGCCCCUCUCAACGACGGGAUGGGACCGGCUCAUAUUCUCAUCGUCGGUGUCGACAUUGGCGUCUCCGGCAUUUCAUGUUGCUUGUUAGACCCUGGUGCGACCAACAACCCCCAGGAGCCAAAACUGAUAAGGCUACGAGGAGGUACAAACGGUGAGCCACCGUUCGAUCUAGAACCGACCGAGUUGGGUCUCGACGAGUCCGGCUAUACCUACGGCAGGGGCAUCACAGACGACGAGAACAAGUUCACACUCAUGAAGCUCUCCAUGCUGAGUUCUGUUGAACUUUGCGACCAGGAUCAUCCACAGGGUCAUGAGGUCAUACGGCUGCCCCUUGACAAGAUCGCUCGCCACCCCGAGAUUGACGCGAUGGCCGAGUACAUCAAGUGCCUAUGGGAUUAUGGAUCCUGGCGCGUGGAGGAUUACUUGAGCGACAAUCAGCUCCGACGUCACCAGGUGGAAGCACGCUUCAUAUUUGGCAUCCCAGCUGUCUGGAAGCAGGAUGCUAACAAGAUGAGAGAGGCCAUCAAGAAAUCCGGCAUUCUUGCAUUCGGUUGUCGUUCACCUGCCGCUCUUGACUUUGUCGCGGAGCCAGUGGCUGCCGCCUUGGCUGCACUCCCCGACGUGGUCCGCGAUGAAGGGCUUAACGCACCCUCUGGUACUUGGCUGGGUGAUCGGCUAACAGGUCGGUCCGUUGUCCCCAGGAUUAUGUUGCGUACAAGCUCAAGUCCCUCUCGCCGAACCACGUGGAACCUAAGGAGUGCGUGGCCCCAGAAAGGAAGGUUUCUUGGCUCCAUCUUCAUGAAAAGCGCCUUCGUCUCUCUCACCAAGCAGAACGUCAAGGCUCAGAUGGGCCAUAACCAUUGGUUACUUGACCACGCCGCACUGGAUUCCAAUAUCGACCAAGAGUGGGAAAUCCUGGAGAGGAGAAUUGACAGCAUCUGGACCGAAGAUCAUCAUGGCAAAAUCUGGCUGGACGCUCCGCAUACAGGCGGGAAUGGCUCCACGGCUGUGAGGAUAACAAAGGCUAAUAUGAAGAAAUCACUUCUACCCACUGUCGAGAAGAUUGCAACUUUCGCUGAAGAGCAAGUGCAGGCUGCCCAUCAAGUAGCGCGGAUCGUCGUAGUGGGCGGUUCUGGGCGCAACGUCCUGGUCCAAGCCGAGCUACGACGCCGGUUUGGAGACAAGGUUGUCUUCACCUACGAUGAGGGGGAAAUUGCCGUCAAGAAGGGCACCUGCUUGAGGGGAAUCCAACUGGUCCAAGACGAGAACAAGCAGCGCUUGGAAAUCCAGCCGGCCCAAGACGGGGUCAAGAAGAAGGAGGCCCCAUCGAGUUUUGGCUACCGCCUUGACGAAUCAUCACCGGAGAUCAAGUGGUUUAUCAGCAAGAGCCACGAUAGCAAGGAGGGACUUCGGGCAUCCUCUGAGGCGAUGGGUGGGUUGGUGGCGAGACGAGACGAGUCGAGUGCACCGACAUCGGGAUUUCUUGGACAACAUCAACCCGCGGGUUGGGUUUCGGUUGGGAGGGGGAGGGGGGAGGAAGUUUGGUCUGGCUCCGACGUGUUGCCUGCCUAG